AUGCAUCGUAAGACGCUUUCUGACGUAGCGCCACAAUUCAGCCUCCUGCAGCCUGCAAAAAUACUCAGCUCAGCCAUUGUAGAUACAGAUGAAUUUUCCCCUUCUCGAGAACCUACUUCAGAUCUGGGGCUCUCGACCAAUAUGUCAGCCGAGGAAGCGGCCAGCAUAACUUGUUUGGCCGCUAGCACAAAUAACGUUAAAAGCCCGGAUCCCGACAUAGCGAACCUUUUCUCCUCCAUUUUACUAGUAGGCCCAGCUUCAGCUCAUGCCAUCGCUGCUUGCUCAACUGGAAGUGCUAGAACUGACCUCGUAGGGGGCGGCAGUCUGCCUUACCGGCUGCCACCUCCUCCCGCUAAUCUGGGAAACUCAAAUCUCCAUGAUCGUCAGGGCUCAGCUCGUUUUAAGAGACAUCGGCGUUUUGGCAGUUGGACCAGUAAGCUUACAUUUUAUCACAAUUGA